UUUAAAACCCUUUCUUUUGUACAGACAGAUUCUUAAAGACAAAACAAUCUGAAACACAAGUCAUGAUGCUAGAGAGUCACAUUCUUUGAAGAUCACUUCUCUUUGUCAGAUUACCCAUUAGAACAGAAUCACUUGUAGAAAAACGACAGCGAGAUGGAACAAGGUGAUGGAGAAGUCAAAAAGAGAGUUGCUUUUGUCCUGAUCGAUGGUUUGGGAGAUGUCUCGAUACCGAGAUUAGGCUACAAAACUCCUCUACAGGCAGCAAACAUACCUAACCUCGACGCAAUCGCGUCAGCUGGUAUCAACGGUCUAAUGGAUCCAGUGGAAGUUGGGUUGGGAUGCGGUAGUGACACAGCUCACCUCUCUCUGAUGGGUUACGACCCUAGAGUUUAUUACAGAGGACGUGGCGCGUUUGAGUCAAUGGGUGCAGGGUUAGCUAUGUCACCUGGUGAUAUAGCUUUUAAGUCUAAUUUUGCGACGUUGGAUGAGAGUUCUGGAGUUGUUGUUAGUAGGAGAGCUGAUAGGCAUUUUGAAGAAGAAGGGCCUAUACUUUGUGCAGCUCUUGAUGGCAUGAAGCUUCCUUCUUUCCCUGAGUAUGAAGUGAGAGUCAGAUAUGCAACGGAACAUAGAUGUGGUGUGGUUGUAAAAGGGCCAAAGCUUAGUGGGAACAUAUCAGGAACAGACCCAUUGAAGGAUAAUCGUUUGCUUCUUGAAGCUAAACCUUUGGAUGAAUCGGAAGAAGCCAAGCACACAGCCAAAGUAGUUAACGAGUUGUCUAGAGAGAUCUCACGCAUUCUUGUUUCACACCCGGUUAAUGCAAAGAGACUUUCACAAGGCAAGAACAUUGCCAAUCUUGUCCUUCUACGAGGCUGUGGCAUUCGAAUCGAGGUUCCUCCUUUUGAAGAGAAGCAUGGUUUGUGGCCUUGUAUGGUAGCACCAACAAAGAUUAUAGCUGGACUUGGCAUGUCACUUGGUAUUGACAUUCUUGAAGCUCCAGGAGCCACUGGUGAUUAUAGGACACUUCUUACAUCUAAAGCAGUUGCUAUAGCUAAUGCACUCUCAGCUCCUUUGAAUCCUUGUCCUAAUGUCUUUGUACCUGGAGAGGAUGGGCAUAAACCGGGAAGGUCAGAUGGUUAUGAUUUUGGGUUUCUUCAUAUAAAGGCUAUAGAUGAUGCUGGUCAUGACAAAGCGACAUUGUUCAAAGUUAGAGGCUUAGAAGCUGUGGAUAAGGCAAUACGUCAGCUUGCUAAGCUGCUAUGGCAAGCUGAAAGGUCUACAAAUUAUCAGUACUUCUUGUGUGUGACUGGUGAUCAUUCAACACCAGUUGAGUAUGGAGACCACAGUUUUGAGCCUGUCCCAUUCACAAUGUGUCGGUUAAGAGAGUUUGUGGCCGCGGUUGGAGGAGAAGCAGCCUUGUUAGAGACGUCUUUGGAGCCUUUUCCACUUCCAACGGUUGUGGAGUCUGGUGAAUAUGUCGCUGGAAAGGAGGAAGACGGUGAGAGGAGGGAAACUCCUGAAGCGGUUGGUGGAGAUUCAGUUGUGGAGUUGAAUGAGAUUGCUGCUGCAAGAGGAUGUCUUGGACGUUUCCAUGGUGGUGAAAUGAUGGGAGUCAUCACCAAGUUCCUUAAGGUAGAUGUAUGAAUUUCGCAAAUUUAACAUUUUUAUUUUCUGACAGUUUGGAUUUUUUAAGUGUAAUCAAAGUGUCAAACUCUGAUUGCUUCAGUUUAGUUUGUCCUUUAAGCUCUCUGACUAUUUGAAGCAUGUGAGUGCAAGACGGUUUGGCCUGUUCCCUUGCUCUCUGGCUUCUUCAUGUGUUUGUUAUAAUAAGGAGUUUGCGAGAGUAUA